AUGGCAGAAGAGACAGACAUCACUACCCAGCAGGGGAUGUCUAACCCAAGUAGGCAGCACCUUUCACUAAACCCCACAUGCGAUCCUAAGCCUAGCUUGGUAACAGAGGAGCAAGUAACCCUGUGGGUGGCCCUCUCUACACGAGAACACACAGAACAUCAGGACGGAGCCAGUCCUUUCCUUCUUACCCCAGCUAACAGCGAUCCGCAGAGUAAUAGUGUUUGGGAGAGACCGGAGAGCACCCGACCUGCAAGCAACACCGUGACCAUCUAUAAUACCAGAGCCGCCCCCUGCACCCAUGUCUCUCAGACGGAACAUGCCACUGAACCCCCCUUAACCAUCUCCCAGAAAGCUAAAAUGAACAUGGAAUUGAACGAACUUGGGUCAACUAAUGGGGGAAUACCAAAUAAAGCAUUUUCAUCACUGGAAGAAAACAUCCAUGAAAAAGACUUGGACUAUGAACCAGUGCUCAACCUUGAAAAUGAAAAUAUGUCACCAUUUUGGAGGGCUCUGGGCUAUGCGGCCUAUUUUAUUGCAGCUUGCGUGCUGAAUUUUCAGAGGGCUGUGGCACUGGUAGUUAUAACUUGUGUGGUGCUUUUCUUCCUGAGCUAUGACCUAGUGAAAAAGUACUUUGGAAAGAAGAUUAUAAGAUUUUUCAAACCAGUCAGCAAAUUCUUUAAGAAGAACAAGAGAUGGAUGAAGUGGGUGUUUGCUUUGUUGGUCCUUGGUGGCCUCAUUGCCUGGCUUGUAGUUGACACGGCCAAGAGGCCGCAGCAGCUCAUAUCAUUUGGAGGCGUCUGCAUGUUCAUCAUCAUCCUCUUUAUCCUAUCAAAGCAUCAUCGUUCGGUUUCUUGGCGUGCAGUAUUUUGGGGCCUUGGAAUUGAGUUUGUUCUUGGAAUUUUCAUCAUUCGCACUGAACCUGGAUUUCAAGCAUUCAAGUUUAUUGGGGAACAAAUACAGAUUUUCCUAAAUUACACAAUAGCUGGUUCAAAAUUUGUGUUUGGAGAAAACCUUAUCAAGGACGUUUUUGCCUUCCAGGCUCUUCCCAUUGUUGUCUUCUUCAGUUGUGUGAUGUCUGUACUGUACUAUGUAGGCCUCAUGCAGUAUGUCAUUGUUAAGAUUUCUUGGCUCAUGCAAGUGACAAUGGGCACCACAGCUACAGAAACGUUGAGCGUGGCUGGGAACAUUUUUGUGGGCCAGACAGAAGCUCCACUCCUAGUCCGUCCAUACUUACCAGAAAUGACAAAAUCUGAAAUCCAUGCUGUAAUGACAGGAGGGUUUGGUACAAUAGCUGGCAGUGUGCUUGGUGCUUACAUCUCUUUUGGGAUUGAUCCAUCUUCUCUGAUUGCUGCAUCUGUGAUGGCUGCUCCAUGUGCUCUUGCCCUCUCCAAAUUGGUCUAUCCAGAGGUUGAAGAAUCCAAGUUUAAAAAUGAAGCGGGUGUCAUAAUAGAGAAAAGUGAAGAGAGGAAUUUGCUUGAAGCUGCCAGCAAUGGAGCUUCUGCCUCUGUGGGACUGGUUGCUAAUAUUGCAGCUAAUCUUAUUGCAUUCAUGGCUUUGCUGGAGUUUAUCAAUGCUGCAUUCUCCUGGAUCGGAGGGAUGGUAAACUACCCCAAGCUCACACUGCAGCUGAUUCUGUCAUAUAUCUUCAUGCCUGUGGCCUUUAUGAUGGGUGUAGAGUGGAAUGAAGCAGACUUGGUAGGAGAAAUGCUGGGGACAAAGAUAAUUCUGAAUGAGUUUGUGGCUUACCAGCUGCUAGCUGAGUACAAGAAAAGACGCUUGGAGGGAAUAGACGAAUGGAUCGAUGGUAACAAGCAAUGGAUAACGGAACGAGCUGAGAUUAUUACUACCUAUGCUCUUUGUGGAUUUGCCAAUUUCAGUUCCAUUGGCAUCAUGCUAGGAGGGUUAUCAUCCAUGGCAGUUGAACGCAAAGGUGACCUCGCCAAGGUGGUCCUCCGAGCUCUGAUGACUGGAGCAUGUGUCUCUUUUGUCAAUGCAUGCGUUGCAGGAAUCUUAUAUAAUCCUCUUGAAUUAGUGGAUUGCGUAAAUUUUUUAAACACAACAGAAGCUUUUAACACCACAAGUUAUUAUCUUUAUUCCUGCUGCAACGAUCUUUCUGCAAACUCUUUAAACGUGAAUGGAAAUCUGUCUUUUGUUGGUAUAUGGGAAAACGAGCCAUAUUCUGCUGCAUUUCUAACAGGCUGCUGUGGUUAUUAUAAUAGAACAGUGUGCGACCCAUUUUAACCAAUGAUCACCUAUGUGUAUCAAAUCUAUAAUAUCUUCAUACACUGGACUGGCAGACAUAUUCAGAAAAUUUAGGGCAAGUAUGAACAUAUGUCUACUGUGGUUGGCAAGAAGUCAGCUUUACUAAAAAUGUAUUCAAGAAACCCAUCUUACAACAACUUGCCAUGGAUUCCACAAUGGUCUUCUUUAUAUUUUGACAUAAAAUCUACAAUUCCUUCAGAACGCUUCGUUUUUUGGAGACAAUCAACGAA